UAGGUGGCCAAAACUAUAAAGAAAAGAAAAAGUGAGGACAUAAAAGCAGAGCCGCCUCCUCUCUCCACCCCCCUUCUUUUUUCUUCCUUUUUUUAACUCGUUCAAAUCUCUCUCCCUCCAUUACCACCACUCCACUUCUCUUAUACGGUGCCUUGCUUCCUCUUCCUCGCCCCAUAUCCUCCCCUCCCCUCCCCUCCCCUCGCCGGCGAUGGCGUCAUCAUCGUUAAAACUAGAGUGGGGUUUCCCCGAACACUACAUGGAAAAACGCCAGCUUUUCCUUCGCAGCUAUCAGUUCUCUCGAAAGCCGCCCGGGGGGGCGGCAGAGCGGCUCCGGAGCUCCACCGUGCGAGUCGGCCGACUCAUCUGCUUCCGCCUCCGUGCUGCCCGCCGCCUUCCUCGUCUCCUUUGGGCACGGCUGCGCUCCGCCCUAUGGGGCUUAUCAUUAAAGAUUUAA